GUGACGACCGUAAAAAGCGGCAGCUUCCGCCGUGACCCCAGACGCCGGAAUGCGGACCUCCCUGGUAUUGUUGGGGUGCCUUUUCAUCGCCUCUGCGCUUGGAGAGCCGAUCAGGCAGAAAAAAGAAGCUCCUAUUGCACACCAUGGACCACCCUCUGAUCAGUACGGUCCUCCAGCCACAUCUUAUGGAGUUCCGGACGUAGGAAUAUCGAAUUCGUACGGUGCUCCUUCAGAUUCCUAUGGGGCGCCUCCACCGGCACCAGCACCGAGUUAUGGCGCACCUUCUGGACACGGCUCCUUCGGCGGGGAUUCUGGACACGGAGGAUCAGGACAUAGUGCUCCUGGAGGAUCCUACGGAGCUCCUUCCGAUCAUGGGUCUUUUGGAGGAGGGUCCUUCGGUGGGGAUUCUGGACACGGAUCAUUCGGUGGAGACUCCGGACACGGAUCUUUCGGUGGAGAUUCCGGACACGGGGGAUCAGGGUCCUAUGGAGCACCACCGACAUCCUAUGGGGUACCGUCAUCGUCCUACGGAGCUCCUUCGGGUCAUGACUCCUUCGGGGGAGGAUCCUACGGGCCUCCGGCUCCUUCUUAUGGGGCACCAUCCGGAGGACACGACGAGCCUCACGGCGAGUGGAAAAAGAAGCUGACCUGGAAGGCCGAGUGGAAACAAGAAUGGAAGACGGAGUCAAAGCUGACCUGGAAGCAGGAGUGGAAGAAAGUGCAGGUACCGGUUUGGAAGGAAGUGCAGGUGCCAGCUUGGAAGGAGAUCCAGGUUCCGGCGUGGAAGAAGGUGCAGAAGCCAGUGUGGAAAGAGGUCCAAGUACCGGUUUGGAAGGAGGUCCAGGUCCCGGACUGGAAGAAGGUCUGGAAGCCGGUCUGGAAGGAAGUGCAGGUCCCCAUCUGGAAGGAGGUCCAGGUCCCGGCCUGGAAGAAGAUCUGGGUGCCCGAGUGGGUGAAGGUCGGAAUCCCUGGGGAACAAUACGUGGGGAAGGACCACCACGGCUGGGAGUACACCAGCCACGACCUCUGGAAGAAGAAGCUCGUCUGGAAGCCAGUCUGGAAGAAGAUCUGGAAGACCGAGAAGAAGCAGGCAUGGGCCACUGACAAGAAGCUGGAAUGGAAAGCCGAGUGGAAGCAGAUCUGGCGAACGGAGAAGAAACAGGCCUGGGUCACCGAUAAGAAGCUCGCCUGGAAGGAGGAGUCCGUCCAGGUCUGGGUCCCACAGAAGAAGCAGAUCUGGGUCACCCAGAAGAAACAGGUCUGGAAGGACGAAUGGAAGAGCAAAUGGGUACCCGUCUGGAAGGACGUCCAGGUGCCCGCCUGGAAGAAGGUGUGGAAACCCGUGUGGGAGAAAGUCUGGGUGCCUGCCGAGCCUCACCAUGAGGAACCCCACCAUGGGUACUGAUAUCCUGGGCCUUUCUGCCCAAUUCGACGGCCGUUUGGCCACGAGAUCUAUAUUUGCAUUGGGUCUCUGUAUAUCCGAGGUGGAGUUCGCUGGAGUCGAACUCGAAAGUCGACUUCGAGGUUCGGCGAGAGGGUGGGGACCCAACUCGGCGUGUCAAAGCCCGGGAUGCUCCUUUCUCUUCCUGGGCCUCUUCCGAAGAAUUCGGAGACUGGGAGGGGAGCGGCUGAUCUCUAUCGAUCCGCCGAUCUCCGAACGAUCGAUCCGUCCAACUUUUUACGCAUUUUAUUGCUGGAGGGUUCUUCCUUCGAGGAUGAGACGACCUCGAAGUUGACGACUCUUCUCCGUUCAGACCGUCCAGGUCUACUGAUUGCAGAUAUCGUCGCACCUGACUACCUGCGCAAUUGUACAUAGCCCUAAGAGAUGGAAAAAGUUAUUUUUAUAUUCUUGUUUCAUUUUAAUAAACGUAUUUUAUACCAAGUG